AUGCCUAAGAUAUCCUCUCUUUUACCAGAUGGGAGAUUAGAACCUUUCACAGGGGAUAUUUCCAUGAUGGAAGGGUACGUUGAUUACUUCCUAAGGAGGGUGAGAGAGGACUAUCCUCGCAUAACACUUCAGAGUUUGCCGAGCGGAACUUUCGCGUCAACGACAUCUCUGAUGCCAACAUCUCAUCUGGGAGACUUUAAACCAAAACAAGCAGCUGGAUUUACCUAUAACAUCGAGCACGUCAAAGGUAGGGCGAUAGUAUAUGCUUCUUAUGCAGAAGCACGGCGAGGGUCCAGAACAAGAGCCUUUUACCUCGAGAGAUGGCAGAAUUUCCUAUUCGUCUUAGCAUGUAUUACAGCGCACGAGAUGAGCCACCUCUUCGCCCUGUAUUUGUCACUUCAGGCUGACUGGCCCCCUACUCCACCUAGGGUAACUUAUCAUGGUUAUGAACAGAGAAGCGGCGGCGAGAGUGGCCGCUGGCUCGAAGGUGCACUUUUUGGUGGAUCUCUAGAGCUUUUCAAACGCAACGACGAGGGAUGUGAACAUCCUGGCCGCCCAUAUCUCCUAGAUCAACACGGCUUUUAUCACCGCAUUAAUCCUCAAAGUGUUAUCGAAUUAGUGACAAAUCCUUGGCUAUACCGAUUCCCGUUCUCAUUCGGCCAAGCCGAGACAAGCGAUGAGUUAGUACGGCAAGGACUCAUAAGGCUAGCACCGACUUCAGAAGACACAGUUUCGAUCCCGAAUAGAGUACGGGCCAUGCAGAUCCUAAAUAGCAUACGUGGACUUCGGGGUUACUCGAUUCAUAUCGACGGUUUCCGUCAGCGGCCAGCUCAUGCUAGUUUGCCUCUUAGCGUCACUACUACUAUGGGGGAAGUUGGCGUUGGUUUUGAGGGGAUUAUGGUCAUUUGCAAUUUCGCCUAUGACAUAAUUAUUACUUCACUGAGGGAGGCUGGUGUAAUCGCCAUUCGAAGCAUGUUUCUUGUUGGGAGCUUGUUGAGUACUCCUGCGUUGAACCUGACGGUCACGUUCCCAAAGGAAACUGGUGCUAAUUAUUUCUGA